UUAUUGUGUGUAUAAAGGAUCCAUGUAAAGUAGCCUAUAGUGGGCUAAUGCACAGUUAAAGUGAAAAGUAGCCUAUAGUAGGCGAAUGCACAAUGAUCCUACAUUGGAGUGGGGGAAGAUAAAACUGGAAAAGGGACUUCUCUCCUUCCCUCCCCUCCCUCUUCUGAGUGUUGGCCCUCUCUGCGCCUCUUCGUUCUCCCUGCCUCCCUUUCUUCUCGCUCCCCCAUUCCUUAAGAAUAUGCAAAUCACGCCCUCCUCGCCCUCUCUUUCUCUCUCCCUCGAAGUGCAUCCCUUGCUCGCCCUCAGUAGAUUUUGUGACUGUACCGACCGCAAAAAGUGCAAGUCGUCUUGACGGAGGAAGGGGGAGAAAGAGAAGGGGGUGGGGAAGAGGCAAACGUACGCAUCAAUUCGUACAGUCUUCAGCGGCACCCCGUUUUUUUUCCUGCAACGAUUUGGGAAGGAGAGAGAAAAUUCUGCAUUAUUUGCGGAACCGUUGCAAUAUGAUCUAGCAGCCUCUGUUUAUAGGUGCGCGUGCUGCUCCUAUGUGUGUAUGUCAACGUACAGUAUAAACCGAGAGAGACGGUUAAAGAAAGGGAGAGUGAAAGGGAACACGCAUCGCUGGAUAUCAGGUUGUAGAAGCUCAGAUGGUGGUGAGGUGAUUUUCAGUCCUACAGAGAAAGACAAGGACACCACUUCAUUCACUGCUAUGGCCUGUGGGGAGGGAUGGACAUCAUAAAGGAGUAACGAUGAAAACUCGAACUCACAAAGAAUCGAUGCCAAUGCGCAGUGGGCGGAGACGGGGAGGAAGCAACGAGGAGAGGAGGGGUAGACGCCCGCAUCCCAGCCCUUGUGCAGAACGAAACGACAGGCAGACGCAAAGAGCUGCUGGCGAGGAAUUGGCUGUCAGUCGCUUCAAUCACAGAUCGCAAGGCCAUGAUUCGUCAGAGAGUGAAGGGGAGGAACUUGUGCCUCCACCAAAGAGGCAGAAAGUCCAGGAUUCUUCCUCUGCCACCAACCCACCGACUUCAACUCAUUCAACUGACAGUACUCCCCCCACUAUACCGCCCCCACCCUCGGCUCCCAGACAGUCACGUGACAGUGACAACGAGGAUGGCCAAUCCCAGGGCAGUAGGAGCUCAGUUGUAGGGAGCUUGGCCAAUAGUCUGAGCAGCGGGCGGGACAUCGACCAGGACAAUCGAUCUUCCUCCCCGAGUCUCUCAGCCUCCCCUCCAGCCAGUUUAGACUCUGACUCUGAUGGUCCAGACUCACCAAAGCAAGGAGAGGGGGAACGGGAGAAAAGGAAAGAGGGAGGAGUGGGGAAGACAGGAGGAGAGGAAAGGAGAGCAGCCAGAGAGGGGAGAGGGGAUGAGUCUUGCGGAGAUGGAGAAAGGAAGGAUGGAGGAAUGGAGGACAGUCCUUCUCUGAAGCUGCCAUCCUCCUCCAUCUCUUCCUCUGCUCCUGUUACCUCUCUCCGCGGAGCAGGAGAUUCAGCCAAUGACAGCAAUAGUGGCAGGAAGUCCUAUUUCUCACAGGACUCCAAACUGGUGAGCAAGAUGGAGUAUGGACCGGCCAGCGCUGACACUGUGCACAGUGGCAAUCGAAUGAACUCCAAAGCUAAAGCACAGUGCGUGACCAAGGCAACUGUCGCCGGGGGAGACUAUCCCCACGGCAACCCCAACAUUCCACACCCCCCUCCACCACCCCUUCCUCCUCCACCAGCGCUGAAACCCUUAGAACUAGGGGGGCAGAACCUGCCCUCAGAAGUCAAGGUAGAGAGAGAGAAAAUGGAGAAAGGUGAGAAACUGAUGGACAACAAGACGGCUCCUCCCUCUCUGUUACCCCAAACCAGCCCCUUACCACCCUCCCAGCCCCCGCCCCACCCCCACCACUACAGCCCCACCGGAUGGCAGGGAGGCACCGCAACCGGUUGCCAGGGGAGCUGGGGCUACAACCGUUACUCUGGUAACCACCAAACUCACCAGCCGCAGCACCAACCCCCAGUGCAGCAGCAGCAACUGCCAUCCGUCUACAACCCCCCUUCCUCCCGUCAUUCGUCCUCCUCCCACCCCCCUUACCUCCCCCACCCCCACAAGGAGUACCUCCCCAGGUACGCUUCCGGGGGAGGGGAAAGGGAGAGGGGGGCGGCCGGCGAGAGGGAGAGGGGGGGAGUGAGGGUGGAGUAUGGGGGGAGGGAGAUAGGUAGGGAUUUCUCGGCUGGUAGUGGUAGUAACAGCAGCACUUCUGGUGGGAUGGGGGGUCCUAAUGGGGUCCAAGGGAGGGAGUUUGGGGGUCAGAACCGGGAGUACCCAGGCCUGGGACCUCAGGGCUCUGGGAGAGACCCCCCCAUGGGUCCUGGGGGAAGAGAAUUUGGACCAGGGGGGUUCAGAGAAAGAGAGAGGGAUAGAGAUAGAGAGAGGGAGGGAGAGAGGGAUGUAGGAGGAAGGGAGUUUCCUUUACAGAAUCGUAAUGAGAAUCAGAACAGAGAGUUUGGACCCACCGGUGCUGGGGUAGGAAGGGGGCAUCCCAGAGACAAAGACGGGGGGCGGUGGGGCGAGUUUGGAGGCCAGAUGAGAGAGGCGGGGGGCAAUGGUAAUCCCAAUAAUAACCCCCUCCCCCUAGGAAACCCCCCAAGCUCGACCAGUGGGUUACCUGCAGCCCCCAUGCUAAACCGCGACCCCCCUUCCUCACCCCAAAACAACCCCAGCCACCCUACCCUACCCCCCCACCCACAUCCUCAAAGCACCUCCAAACGAGACUACCCCCCAUCGAUGGACCAGGCACAGACAAGGCACAGUCCCCCCUCUGGACCAGAACACUUCCACAGAGAGUACCCUCCUGGGGCCAAGGACUAUCCCCAUGGUGGUCCACCCUCCACCGGCCCAGCCCGUGAGUACCCCAGCCCUCCCGGUAUGACUCCAAACCUGGGCCGAGACUACCCAGGUGGACCUCAGAUACCCCACCUGCCCCACCCCCACUUUCCAGCCCAGCAGCCCAGAGACAGGGACCGAGAGAGGGACACCAACCAGCGAGAGUCGUCUCUGUACCAAAACCGUGGCGGUCCCCCCCAACCCCCAUCCCUUUCUCCCUCCUCUUCCUCCUCCACUCCUCAUGGACACCCUUCGAAUGCUCCUUACCCUCCUCCACCACCUCCUCCCCCUCUCCCCACUCCCCAAACCUCCCUCGCUCAGCCCCAACCUCCCUCUGGCCUGGGACCCAAUCACGUUCGUCCGGCAAAUUACCCUUCCUCCAAUCAGACUCCUGCAACACCCCUCUCUCCUUUACUAAACCCCUCGACCAAUCAGAUGGGAGGGUUUCCUUCCUACCCGCCAGGCUCCUCCUCCGGGGCCAACAUGUCACUUCCUGGUUCAGGUGUGUCACCUGGCUGUCGGCCCUCACCUUUUCACAGCACUUUGAACAGCCACGCCCCCUUCAGCGGCCCCUACCACUCCAAUGGGAACAGUGGGAACAACCUGGCCCCGACUAACAGCAAUAGUAACAGUAGCAGUGGCAGCAGCCAUACCAACUCUCUCUCUCAGUCCCUCUCACCUCAAAACGCCUCAAAAGGACCCCCACCUCUUAGUAACCCCGGCAACAACAAUGGCACUUCGGCCCCUGGCUGUAGCUCCUCACUUCCUAGAGAUGGGCAUUCUGAUUCGUCCACAGGUCCACCUCCCCCACCUGUCAUCAAGGAGGAACCAAUAGAGGAGAGGGAGGAGAGUGAAAGCCCACCUCCUGUUUUGAGAAGUCCCUCCCCUGAGCCCAAGCCGGUGGACAUUCCGAUCCACGCCAGCCAAUCAGCACGGUUCCACAGGGUUCUAGAUCGGGGCAGUGGAAACUCCUGCGCCCGCAGCGACGUUCUCUUCGUCCCCCUGGACGGCUCCAAACUGUGGAAGAAGAGGAACGAGGUGAUCGAGAGAGCCCGGAGAGAGGUGGAGCAGAGGGCCAGAGACCUGAGGGAGAAAGAGCGGGAACGAGAGAGGGAGAGAGAGAGGGAGCGGGACCUGGAGAGGCAUCUACAACAACAGAAGGACAAUAACAAUGCAAAUAUACAACGCCAGGGAUCCUCUCUCUUCUUCCCCUCCUCCUCCUCCAUCCUCCUAGACCCUAACUCCUCUUCUUCUAACCCUGGGUCUCACCCUCAACCUCACCCCCAGCAGCACCACUCCCACCCUCACCCCCACGCUCACCUCCACCCCUCCCAUCUCCACCCCUCCCUCUCUCAACACAUCCCACACUCCCUCCUCAUGCAGUCAAUGGGGGGUUCAACGGUGGUUGGCCCACAGGGGGCUCUGGGGAUAGGGUUAGGAGGGCCGUACCUGGGCCCUGACACCCCCGCACUGCGGACCCUGAGCGAGUACGCCCGGCCCCACGCCAUGUCCCCCCUCGGGGCUAGUCGCCAACACCAACACCCACAUGUCCACCAUCAUGGCCACCCUCAUGGCCACCCCCAUGUCCACCCCUCCUUCUUCCUCCCCCAGUUCCAGAACCAUGCUCUGGCCCACCCACAUCACAUGCCUGCUGAUGCAGCCACAGCGGCAGCCAUCUUGGGUUUCCUCUAUGGGGGCAGUAUGGAGGGAGGGCCAGGGGGGCAUGGAGGAGGACAUGGGGGGAUGGGUGGUGCAGGGUUAGGGGGGAUGGGGUUUCCCCAUGCAGUGGCAGCCCACCGUGAGCGCAUGAAGCCGGGGUUUGAGUUUAAGAGUGAGGACAGGGUGUACCAGCCGGGCUCCUUGGGAGAUCCUACGGCUCUCGCCCUCGCCCACUCCCACUCGCAUGCCCACGCACAUGCACAUGCUCACUCCCUACUGCUGGGGGGAGGGGGUGGAGGUGAGGUGUCCAUUUACGGCACCCCUCCUCCCCAGGCUCCUCCACCCCCACCACCGCCCCUCCAGAACCCAGCGUUAGCCCCAGUGAGUCGCCUCCCUAACCCUCCUCCCGCCCCUCAGUCCCUCUCCAACCCUCCCCCCUUCUCCCUGCUUCCUCCCUCGCUACCCUCUCACCCUGCACCAGCCCCUCCACCCCCGGCCCCCGCAGCUGCACCUCUGCCCGCUCCUCCUCCACCCUCCUCCAACCCUGUUUCAUCCCUCCAUCACCCCGCACCGCACUCCUUUCCCAGCUCCCUCCCCCCAUCUCACCCCCCACCUGCCCCGGCCCCGGUGACCGCCCCUCCUGAGACCUACCCCCCUCCUACUCGCUCCCCCACCACCUCUGAGAGAGAGAGGAGUGGAGAGAGGGAGAGAGAAAGAGAGCGAGACAGAGCGGGGCUGCCAGCCGUUGGAGAGAGGGGACGAGAGAGGGAGCGAGAGAGAGAAAGAGAAAGAGAAAGAGGGGGAAGCAAUGGAAGUGGUGGAAGUGGUGGAAGUGGAGGAGGAGAGAUUCCGGGGCGUCUUCAGAUGUUGAACGUCACGCCUCAUCAUCACCAGCACUCACACAUCCACUCCCACCUGCACCUGCACCAGCAAGACACAGCGGCGGGCGGGGUGCACCCCCUGAUGGACCCGUUGGCGUCGGGGUCUCCCCUGGCCCGCCUGCCCUACCCAGGGGCAACGCUGGGCACCCCCAUCCUGGCACACCCCCUCACUGAAAGCGAGGUGCUACGACAACAGCUCUUCGGUGCUCCGUUCCGUGAGCUGCCCCAGCCCUCCUCUCUGACAGGUUCCAUGUCAGCGGCCCACCAGCUCCAGGCCAUGCAGCAGGCCCAGAGCGCAGAGCUGCAGAUCCAGAGACUGGCCCUGGAACAGCAGUGGAUCCACCACCACCACCACCACUCCCUCACCCAGGACGAGUACUACAGCCACUUAAAGAAGGAAAGCGACAAGACCCUGUAAGGGAGGAAAAAGAGGGGGAACAAGCCCACGGAUGACAAACCCAAAGGAGGAAGAAAGGAGAGAAAUAUCUGCAAAGGAAGAAGAAAACAACAAAACGGAAGCACUAAAACAAUGAAGGAAGCAUCAUACCAUAGGAACCUGAGGAGAAAUGAACUGAUUGAGAAACCAGAUGAAAAAAGGGAGAGAGGGAUGAGAGGAGUGAAAACGUUGCUCACAGUCUGUGUUGUCUGUACUAUACCAUAGCCCCAGACUCUGGGCGCAUCACAGCGUAUGUUGUUCAACUCCAGUUUUGUAUUGUGCCCUGUACAGUAUACUAGGUUGGAGCAGCAAUAUAAUGCAGUACAGUCUGGUGUAAAUGACCUUAUGCCAGGAAGAAUGUGUACAUGAGGCUCUCUUUUAUGUCAUUGCAUGUAGCUAGGCCCUUAUUCUGAACUGGUUGAACUCCUGGUUCUAUUUUUAGUAAUCACCCUCUCUUUCCUAACGGACGGGUGGUGUAUGAGUAUGCAUGAGAUCAGCGAUUAAGAAGUGUCAUAUUAUGUUAACGAUUAAUAGUAUUGUUAUUGUCUGUUUGUUGAUAAUUCUAUAUACAUAUUAUUUGUAUUGUUAUUUUAUUACAUUUUCAUGGUAUGGCGGUUUCUUUAGUUUUUUAUUGUGAAACGAGAUACAAAUGAAGGAAAAAGAUAAACGACAUCAUUUUUGGGGGAAAAUAUAUGGGUCUCUGUGGUUGUGUACAGUAUGUUCUCUCCUCUCUCUCUCUCUCUCUACACACAGACACGUGCAUUUCUGUCUUGGUUUUUAUAUAAAACACACAUAAAGCAUACAGUAACAGUCAAAAGUUUGGACACACCUACUCAUUCAAGGGCUUUUCUUUAUUUGUAAUAGUUUCUACAUUGUAGAAUAAUAGUAAAGAUAUCAAAACUAUGAAAUAACACAUGGAAUCAUGUAGUAACCAAAAAAGUGUUAAACAAAUCAAAUAUAUAUUUGAGAUUCUUCAAAGUAGCCACCCUUUGCCUUGAUGACAGCUUUGCACACUCAUAGCAUUCUCUUAACCAGCUUCAUGAGUGAGUCAACUGGAAUGCAUUUAAAUUAACAGGUGUUAAUUUGUGGAAUUUUUUUCCUUAAUGCGUUUGAGCCAAUCAGUUGUGUUGUGACAAGGUACGGGUGGUAUACAGCAGAUAGCCCUAUUUGGUAAAAGACCAAGUCCAUAUUAUGGCCAAAACAGCUCAAAUACGCAAAGAGAAACAACAGUCUAUCAUUACUCUAAGACAUGAAUGUCAGUCAAUCCGAAAAAUGUCAAGACCUUUGAAAUUUUCUUCAAGUUCAACCAUAAAAACCAUCAAGUGCUAUGAUGAAACUGUCUCUCCUGAGGACCGUCACAGGGAAGGAAGAUCCAGAGAUAUCUCUGCUGCAGAGGAUACGUUCAGUUAUUGUUAUUGUCCUUUAACUGCAUCUCAGAUUGCAGCUCAAAUAAAUGCUUCACAGAGUUCAAGUAAAAGACACAUCUCAACAUCAACUGUUCAGAGAAGACGGCGUGAAUCAGGCCUUCAUGGUUGACAUGCUGCAAAAAAAACACUGCUAAAGGACACCAAUAAGAAGAAAAGACGUGCUUGGGCCAAGAAACACAAGCAAUUGUCAUUAGACCAAUGGAAAUCUGUCCUUUGGUCUCAUGAGUCCAUAUUUGAGAUUUUUUGUUCCAACCGAUGUGUCUUGUGAGGUGUAGAGUAGGUGAACGGAUGAUCUCAUGUGUGGUUUCCACCGUGAAGCAUGGAGGAGGAGGUGUGAUGGUGCUUUUCUGGUGACACUGUCGGUGAUUUAUUUAGAAUUCAAGGCACACUUAACCAGCAUGGUUACCACAGCAUUCUGCAGCAAUACAUCAUCCCAUCUGGUUUGCGCUUAGUGGGACUAUCAUUUGUUUUUCAACAGGACAAUGACUCAAAACACACCUCCAGGCUGUGUAAGAGCUAUUUGACCAAGAAGGAGAGUAACAGAGUGCUGCAUCAGAUGACCUGGCCUCCACAAUCACCCAACCUCAACCCAUUGAGAUGGUUAGGGAUGAGUUGGACCGCAGAGUGAAGGAAAAGCAGCCAACAAUUGCUCAGCAUAUGUGGUUAACUCCUUCAAGACUGUUGGCAAAGCAUUCCAGAUGAAGCUGGUUGAGAGAAUGCCAAGAGUGUGCAAAGCUGUCAUCAAGGCAAAGAGUGGCUGCUUUGUAGAAAUUUAAAAUAUGUUUUGUUUAACAGUUUUUUUGUUACUACGUGAUUCCAUGUGUUAUUUCAUAGUUUAUGUCUUCACUAUUAUUCUACAAUGUAGAAAAUUAAAAAAAUAAAGAAAAACCCUUGAAUCAGUAGGCGUCCAAACUUUUGACUGGUACUGUAUAUCGAAUUCCUUUCUUCUCCCUCACCCAACUGUCUCACUCCCUUUCUUUCCCUUCUCCUCUCUCUCUCCUUCCCUCCUUCCCCUCUCAUCUUACCUUCCCUCGCCCUCCCUCUCUUCUUCCCCCCCUCUCUCUUUCCCUUUCCUCCCUGUCUCCCUCCCUCCUUCUCGCCCUCUCUCCUUCCCCUCUCAUCGCUCCUCUCUCCCUCUCAUCUUAGCUUCCCUCGCCCCCUCUCCUCUCCCUCUCUUCUUCCCUCUUCCCCUCUCUCCCCCCCCUCUCUCCUUCCCUUUCCUCCCUCCCUCUGGGUGAGUGUAGCUAAUAGGAGACAUAUGUAUGGGAUGAGUGUGAGACAUGAAAGUUGUGUAGCACCAGUGAGCACCAGCCCUGUACAGCCAACAUUCCAGACCACACUGUAAAAGAAAGAAGGAAACUGAUAGGAGCUGGAAGCGUAUGAUUUACCGAUGCUGUUAGAAGCUCAGGGCUGAAUGUGUUCUAGGCUAAAUGUGACAAAUGCCUCUGUGCUGUUUAGAAUAAAUGCUCUUAUAGUUUGUAUUAAUAAUGUUUCAACCACAAAGAGGCAACUUCAUCCUCUUCAUACAGUACAUGUGAUGGUGUGACUUACAAUUCCCUCUUUAUACCAAGUGAAGUUAAAACCAUGCAAUAUUUACAUGGUAAUUGCAUAUGCAGCUGGACCGUACCAUGUUAGCAUGCUAUGGUCUGACUAUUCACAUAAAACUAUUUUUUUUUUAACCUGUAUUUACAGAUAGGAACUGACAGGGUGUGUCUUUGCCUUAUAUUCUGUUUAUAGUGCUGUAUAGUCAGCCAUGUUACCAUUCAGAAAAGCUACUGUACUCUGUAUUAACCAUAGGAAUAACAUGCAUUCAACAAGAGUUCAUUAGUAGUAAAGAAGUAAACAGAGGUACAUUAGUGGCACACAGUGUUUAACUGGCAAGUGCUAUUAGCCUUCUCCUGCCCUCAUGUUGAGCUGAGAUAUUCCAUGGUAAGUUGGUUGUGUGGCGUUUAAAGUCACCUUAGAUAAGUAUGUCAGCAGCAUUCCGUAUUGUAGCAUCUACAGGACGAUCCUGACAUUCCAUUCUGAUGACAUCAGGGAGAUAUUCUUAGAGCCAUCCUUCACCAGGGCAAGUGAGAAGGACAAUGUCAAAGAUGUAGAAAUAGGUUGCAUAGAAUAAAUAGAUGUAAUUUUA